AUGCGCAUCCGCGAGCUGGAGGCGCAUGUUUUAGCGCUUGAGCAGGAGCGUGCAGAGCAUGUGCUUGCUGCGGGGCAUUGUACGGCCAAGGUGCGCCGGCUAGAGUAUGCGCUGGAAUGUGUGCGUGUCGGCUGGGAUACGAUGGCGCAUGGACUUGCAGAGUCGGGGAUUGCAGCGACGCAGAGCGUGGCGUCUGUAUCCCUCGCGCAGCCGCCAGCGCACAGCGACCAUAGUGUACGGAUCACGCUCCCGGAGCAAGUGGCAGGGAUGAGCAGCCGCGCGCAUGUGGCAAAGAGCACGCAGCUGCCUUUUGACGGGAUCCGCGAGGAGGAAGAGGACAGCGAGGCACAUGCGCGCGUUGCAUCGCCGCUGCGUGGUGAUGUGUGUCCUGCGUCGGUGACACGUCGAAGGAAGAGCCAGCGGUACAGCAGGCAGGGGAUAGAGCCUAAUGCGGUCCAUGCACAGGAAGAAAUGGAGAGCGCAAACACCCACACUACUUUGGAUACGGCGCCCGUAGCCGACGAUGCACGCCGCGAGACGUUAGACGUAUCGACGCAGUCGCAUGCCGAGCCUGAAGCACCCAGCACGCCAACGACCGUGCGCCAGCCGAGGAAACGUGCGCGAAGUAGCCGAGUGUCGAUUGCUGCUGAACUGGGGCACGAUGUGUUUGACGAGCUUCCGGACCGCUCUAGGCGGGCGCGCAAGAGUGUGAAUUAUGCACUGCCGAAACUGAAUACCAAGAUGCGCAAGCCUGUGGAAGAACUGCUGGAAGACGAGCCGCCUGUAACGCCGGAUGUGGGAGUACAAGCGAAGGGUAUACGUGCAAAAGAGCCGCGAACGCUGGAGGGCAAAGAGGCAAGGGCGCAAGGUGCGGCGCGAGACGGGACGCUAGACGGGACGCUAGACGCGGCGCAAGACGCGGCGCAAGACGCGGCGCAAGGUACGUUGCAAGACGCGGCGCAAGAAAAAGAGGUCCAAACUGCAUCUCAUGAGACUGUAGCUCCCGACGCGCUCGCCGAUGCUCAUACCACCCCGCAAAUACACCUCGAACUGCCCCUCAGUACAACGCGACGCCAUUCACUCAAACGGCCCCGCAAAUCGCAUGCGUCAGCGCCGCCACCACUGCUAUACCCCGUAGCCGAUGCCGGAUCCCGCAGCGCUACGCCGCAGCCCAAGCGCCAGCUGCCACCUUCUGCACGCCUCGCAACGCCGCUAAAGUCUGCGCCGUUUGCGCCAUCCCGCGGCAAGCAGCACGCCGCGCUGCUGCAACAGCACUCUGCACAGAAAAUGCCAGGCUGGGCGAGCUCGCUCAUGAACCUUGCCUCGCCCGAUCCACCUCGGGCGGAUAAGCUGCAAAGCUGGCGGGCCUCGGAAGGCAAAGAAAACACACCUACGGCAGCGAGCCCCAACCCAUUCCUGGGCAAGCGCGGCAAGGAUGCAAGCGAUGCAAGACGCACACGGCGACGCGGCACGCUUGCGUAA